CAUCAACCCAUGUCCUUAGUUCCCUAUUCCGACCCGAAUUCAGAGCCGGACUCUGCCAACCCUGCAUGGCAGGACAUGUUCCGAUCAGCCUCCAUCCGAAAAUCCACACACGCGCCGCCGGUGCCAUCGCCGGAACCGCCGAAGCAAACUAUCCCAGAUGACAAAGCAGCCCCAACCGGCGAUCCCCAGGUACGGCUAGCUCUGUACAUAACCAUGGCCCAUGCUGGCUUGGCCUUUACCAUCUUCAUAUUCUACGCUGUGGGUAAGCUUUUAGAGGAGUACUUGAGGCCUAUACAGUGGGCUGUGUUGUGUUCUAUACCCUUGAGAGGUAUACAGCAGGCGCUUGUUGGGUUUUGGUCUGGGCCAUUGAGGCUUGGGCUGACUGAGACUGUGUUGGCAGUCCCUGUUGCGGUUUUUAGGGUCUUUGUGGGAACCCUUGUGGAGGUUAGGGAGAUUUGUUUUAGGGUGUUUAUGCGGAAGCCGAAACCGGAGCAGCAGAGGAGGAAGAACAAGAGUGAGUUCUCCAAGCUGUUGAGGUGGUUGGUGUCGUUUUGGAUACUCAUACUUGCUUAUGAGAGGAUUGGUGGUGUCGGGUGUUUGGGGAUUGUUGGAUUAGGCUUUGUGUUUAGUGCCAAAGGUGUGGAUUCAACAAUGUCGACUGUGUCGAGUUUGAGGUGUAGCAGCUUUAGGAGGAGUCCCAUUAGUGCUUUUUUCACUAGGAGGGUGUUGAUUAGGUUGAAGACCAUUGUAGCAAUCGGGUUGAUUUUUGCUAUGAUUGUGGGGUUUCUGGUUGGUGUUAUGUUUUUUUCGUAUAAGAUUGGGGUUGAGAGUAAGGACGCGGUGAUUUCGUUGAAGUUGCAUGUGGAGGAGAGUAAUUAUACUGAGAAGAUUGGUGUUAAGCAGUGGAUGGAUGAGAAUGAUGUUCCUGGAAUGGUGGAUAGUUACAGUUCCAAAUUGUAUGAGACAGUGUCGGAGCAGCUAGAUAGUUUGGCAAUGCAGUAUAAUCUGACAGAAUUUGUGACUGGGAUUAAGCAUUUUGCAAUAAGACCGUCUGUUAAUUCUUCCGAGCCUUUAAAUUCUUUAGCUAGCCCAUCACCGUACACAGAAAAGCUUGUGAGUUUGAGGAACCGAAUCAGUAAAAGGGAAUGGGGAAAUAUUUACACAGAGGUUCAUGCAAUUGUUAGAGAAUUAGUAAUCAGCAGGGAGGAUUUGGUUGAGAAAGCAAAAGGGUUUGCCAUGCGAGGAAUGGAUGUCUCACAGCGCGUGCUGGCCAGUAGUAAAUCAGUUGUUGGAGGCAGUGCAAAAAUUAUGUUCUCCAUUGGGAGUUCUAUUGUGUCUGGAGCAGCAGAGGUCUUCAAUUUCGUGUCUCAGUUGAUGGUAUUCUUCUGGGUAUUGUAUUACCUGAUCACAUCCGAGUCUGGGGGGGUGACUGAACAAGCAAUGAGUAUGCUUCCAAUUUCAAAGUCUGCAAGGGUUAGAUGUGUUGAAGUUCUUGAUAAUGCCAUAUCUGGUGUUCUUUUGGCAACAGCUGAGAUUGCCAUUUUUCAAGGAUGUCUUACAUGGCUCUUAUUCAGAUUAUUUAAGAUACACUUCUUGUACAUGUCUACUGUUCUUGCCAUAUUCAGCUCCGUGCUGCCAAUUUUUCCAUCUUGGUUUGCAACUAUUCCAGCAGCUCUUCAACUGCUGCUGGAAGGUAGAUAUAUAGUAGCCGUCAUCUUGUCCAGCAGUCAUCUUGUGCUUAUGGAUUAUGGUUACUCUGAAAUUCAGGAGGAUAUACCUGGUCAUAGUGCAUAUCUUACUGGACUUAGCAUCAUUGGUGGAAUGACAUUGUUCCCAUCUGCAUUGGAGGGUGCAAUUAUGGGCCCACUCAUAACCACGGUGGUGAUUGCUCUCAAGGAUUUGUAUGUGGAAUUUGUUCUGGAUGAACCCAAGGAUAAAGAUGUGUAGAAAGCAUGUUUUUCCCCAGCAGUUUUCAUUUAUUUGUUUGCACCUGCAGAUUGAACUGCAAGUGCAUUAUUCUUUACCAGUCGGUUUUGAGUGCAUCUCUCUCUACGCCUUAGGUGUGUUUAUUGACUUUAUUCCUUGU